CUACAGGCAGCAACAGAUGGAGACGAGGAACACUCUCUACCUAUCUCUAUGCACAUGCUCGACCUCAUCUCGAUGACGAAGGAGUUGCACUACGAGAACUACAGGCAGCAACAAAUGGAGACGAGGAAGUUUGGGGAGCCCACUCACAUCAGCAUCUUUGGGCGAGAUGGCGGGAAACGGACUUACUCGUCUGUAUUGUGCUGGUAGAUAUCAUUCCUAAGCGUGAUAUAGUGGCUUGGCCUGCUAGCUGUAGAAAAAAUCAGCUGAUACAAAGACAACGCGCAGAUUUGAUUAAGAAAAUUGGGAGUGGGAAACGGACUUACUCGUCUGUGUUGUGCUUGUAGAUAUCAUCGCUAAGCGUGAUAUAGUGGCUUGGCCUGCU